AUGUCAUCAGUUCUUCGAACGAAUGCUCACGUUGAAGGGUUAUUCCGCAAAGCGGGUUCACAAACUCGGCAAAAAGACAUAAAGCGAUUAUUAGAUGCAGGUGGAUGUGUAUCAGAGGGCCAUCAUCCAAUAGAUGUUGCUAGUGUCCUGAAAUUAUAUCUUCGCUGUUUGCCUGAGCCCUUAAUCAGUGCAGAAGUGCAAGAUUUACUUUUAAGAUGUAGAGUGACUGCUGGGGAAGAUGGCCUUAAACCAAUGCUACAUACUCUAUUACUAUUACCAGUAUUACAUGUCCAUUUGCUUCAUUACAUCAUGGAGCUCCUUAAUUUUAUUGCAUCAAGACACAAGGAAAACUUAAUGGACUCAUCAAAUCUCGCCAUAGUGAUGGCUCCCAGUAUUAUGCCCUUACCUGCAGCAUCAUCAGCUCAGAGGCUUGAGCAUCAUGUUGCGCUUGUUAAGAUGUUCAUCGAAAACUCCCAACACAUCGGCCUGUUGACUGACGACCUCAUGAGCCAGUUGGACGAUGAAUCAGACGCGUACCAGUCGAGAAGGAAGAAGAGGCGUAGCGGUUCUCUUAACCGAAUGCUCAGUGGCUUACGCAAGAUGGUGUCCGGAAAUACGAACACACCAGCGACAGUGCCAGAGAAUGGUAAAACACCUAUCAUAAGCAAGUCGGCGUCGAAAAGGAAAUUGGAGGGUUAUGAAGGCCUUUCUGCGAAAAUAAAGAAAGAAGUAACGAAAAACCUGCCUCAAAGGGAGUUGUCUUUCACGCCAAUGAAAAUGGGUAUUACAGAACGAAAGAGGCUACGACUAAGUCUCAUGGAUGUACGAGGUACGCCAAUCGUGAAAACCGAGUUAAAUUCUCACAAAAAUUCUGAAACCAGCGUCAGCAGUGAAGACAUGUUGACUUCCUCUGAAAAUUUGUUCAGUGCCCACGACACUAUAGACCUGUCACCCGAAAUGAAAAUAACGGAUAAGGACUACGUGAGGAUAUCCAAGCAAGAGUACGAAGAAAUCAAAAGCAGAGUGUCCGCAAUCGAAAAUAGACUGUCUAGAGAAUUUACGGACGUAAUACCGAGGGUGCAGCCUUUGCAGCACGUUCAGAAUGCGUACGAACAAACGUUAGAGGAGGUCGCUAUGUUGAACUGCCCUAACUCGGAACAUCUAGCGCGCCGGCUGAGCAAAGAACUGAAGAUUCGACCUAAGGAACAAGCUAAGAUAAUACGCUCCCCCAGUGCGAGGAAAAUAGGCUCAAUCAGGCGCCGAUCUAAGGAGAACAUCAUCAAAAUUGUUAGGCACAAAUCGUGGAACGCGUCGACACAUUCGCAGGCCAGUCAUGAUUCGGACAGAUUUUACCCCUACAGCGGAAUGAUUCCGAGGGAGACAACGAGCACAGCAAAACCUGUAUCGGCACCAAAAACGCCGAACGCCACGGAUGAUUGGGACAUCUCUGCAUCGGACCACUCAAUAAAUAACACCUCGAAUUCCGCUCAAAAGUAUAGGCAACGGAAGCGAAUUAGUCUCGCGCCCGAUUACAACUUGGACAAGACAAUAGGCAAGUCCCAAGCCAGGAGAUCGCUAAACAUUACCUCGAACAGCUGGGACGGUACCGCCUCCGAGAACUCUCUAAACGGCACCAGCGCAUUUUUUAUGGACAAAACGGGCGAGUUGGAGAGCAGCGGUGCCUCGGGGCGUCCGUCGGUGAACAAGCUGCGGCAGCAGAACGCUGGCGCGGUGCUAGCCAAAGCGAAGCUUUUCGAAUCCAGCUCCGACAAGUCGUCGGAGGGUAACGAUAAAACUGCCCAUUCCGGUUUCGCGCGGAAGCCACGCACAAACGCCCAAUGUCAGAGCAGACCUCAAAAAUCUACUGCAAGCACGAAGUCCAAGGUUCCUUCAAAUUUCAACUCAUCACCUAAUAUCCCCAGUCGAUUUAACAGAAUAGACUGCAACAGUAAGAACACCUUGCGACCCUAUCCAACAACAAAUCAAGGAAAAGAAGAGGCUAGGCGAACUCCCAAAAAAGGGGUGAAAACGCGCGGUGCCGUCGACCCCGGCCGCGUCGACGCAGCUGUCCUGUGCCCAAAA